GGUGCAGGGCAUGAGGAGGAAUUCAAACGAGUCAUCACUGCAGGAGCAGAAAGAUCCGGUGUACCUGCGGGAGAAAGUGACACAGAAACAUUCCAGAGAGCAUUUUGAGUCUGCACAGAGGAUUGAACAAGACUACAGCAAAUACUUCACAGGUGUGGUUCAGGGCGGGAGUUUGUCCUCAAUGUGCGCUCACAUCAGGACUGUUGUGGACCAGGAACAGAACAAAGUUCUUUGGGUUCCUGAUGGGACCACGUGAAUAAACCGCAGAAUAAAACCUAGACUACGACUCCAGAAGUGUGUAACAGAAACACGUCAUCCAUCAUGAAAUCUGGAGCGG